CCAAAGGAGGUUUUUGUAGCGUACCAUGUACAUGCAAUAAUCAGAGUACCAAUGAAAACAGGGGCUGCUGUGCCCAUUAUAAAGAGCCAAAAAUUUGUACAGAACCCUGCAUUUGAAACGGUAAAUCCAUCACUAAAAUCACACCUUGUAGUUAUUCGGAAAAAUACAUUUUCUUUGAUUAUGAGGCGAUGCAAAACACUGGUAAGCAUGUAGCAAACUUGGUGGUUGCUCAUAAUUUUAACGGAGAAAAAACAACUUUCAAAAAUAAUGAGGACUUUUGUAAAUGGUUGAUCAACAAGGAGCACAAAGGUUACACAGCUAUUGCUCACAAUAGUAAAGGCUACGACGCCUACUUUAUAUUGAAGUAUUGUGUUGAAAAUGCGAUAAAGCCCUACACAAUAUAUAGCGGCUCUAAAUUAAUGCUUUUAGAAGUUCCUUCUAUUAAAUUAAAAAUUAUUGACAGUUCAAACUUUGUCGCUGGUCCAAUAUCAGCUUUCCCAAAAACAUUUGGCCUAAAGGAAAUGAGGAAGGGCUAUUUCCCUCACUAUUUUAAUACCCUUGAGAACCAAGAUUACGUGGGCCCUUUACAUGAUGUAAAAUAUUAUGGUGUAGACACCAUGAAGGAUACAAAGGAACCAGACAAGAAAAGUGCUAGAGAUAUAUUUUUAGACUGGCACACUGAGCAUAAAGAAGACGUUUUUGACUUUCAGAAAGAAAUACACGCAUACUGCAAUUCCGAUGUUGACAUAUUAAGAAGAGACUGCUUGGAAUUUCGAAAAUGCUUUUUAUAAAUAGCAAACAUUGACCCCUUUCAGUAUCUCACAAUAGCUAGCGUAUGUAUCGGUCGAAAUAUUUGCCCAAAAACACAGUUGCAGUAGUUAAAGAAGAGAAAAAAUAAAUGUUCAGUAAAGAGUCCAUACUGUGGUUAAGUCAAUUCCCUUCUGUACAGAACGCUUUGAAUGGUGGUGAAGUAACUAUUUGUGGAUCGCCCGUUGAUGGCUUUAACAAAGAGACAAAUACCGUAUAUCCAUAUCAUGGUUGUUUCUGGCACGGUCAUCCUAAAUGCACUAAUCCUGAUACAAUAAAUACAGUAAAUAACUAAACAAUGGACGAUUUGUACGAAAAAACUACGCGUAGAACUCAACAACUACGGGCCGCUGGGUACAAAGUUGCAGAAAUGUGG